AUGAUGGAACACCUUGAACUCCUCGAUACCAUGAACCAGACUGGUUACAUCGCACGCAAUAGCGUCACUUUUAAGGAUGGAAAACGAGUGACUUCGCGCGGAUGGCAGAAGGUCUUUGAACGUAUGGGCGGUACAUACCUCGACUACUGCCUCAACAUCCGUCAAAAGCGGUCCGAGGACAUCUUUCGAAAGGCAUACCGCAAAUUAGGAGGAAAACCGCACGCUGGCUGGAAACUUAUAUCGUUUCAUAUCGACCAUGAUAGCAAGGAUGACCACAAGGUUUUAUUGCAGAUAAGUGACGUUAAAACCAUGGAAGUCAUGACGGUUAAAGCGAAAUACUUGGUUGGAACAGACGGUGGCAAGUCUCUAGUACGACAAAUCGCCUCGAUCCCUUUCAACGGUGCAAAUACCAAGUCUAAAUGGGUACAAAUCGACGGUGACUUUGAAACCAAUAUGCCUGAUUCCGAUAUUGGGUUUGCAUCUAUCGAGUCCAAGAGCCAUGGCAAUGUCAUUUGGGUUCAGCUUGAGAAAGGUGAAAAACGCAUUUGGUUUGCCUUGAACGAUGAGAUGUCAGCCAAGUAUGGGCGUUGCUUGAAGGAAGAAGAGGCAAAGGAGGAAGCUAUUAGAGCUAUGGAGCCAUUUACGCUAGAGGUCAAGAGUGUCAAUUGGUUCACUAUGUAUAGGCGUCAUAGCAUCCAUCAGAAAAUUGCGCAGACUUUCAUCAUGGAAGAUAGAGUUUUGUUAGCUGGCGAUGCUUGCCACACCCAUUCUUUCGCAGCUGCACAAGGUAUGGACACUGGUAUUCACGACGCCUACAAUCUAGCAUGGAAGCUGGCUGGAACAAUCAAAGGCUGGUAUAGCAACAAAGUACUGAAGACCUACGAUACCGAGCGUCACCCGGCAGCCGAACGCUUGAUAGAACUUGACAAGACAUUCUCUACACUCAUAUCUGGCCAGAUACCUGAGAAAUACCAAGCAAACCACAAGGACGCGAAUGAACCGUUGAACAAGCUAUUCGAAGAGACUGCAGAUUUCAAUGUUGGUCUUGGAAACCAAUACGAGGAGCAUAUCCUCAACAAAGCACCUUCAGCCGGCAUGAUUUCUGCAGGUUCUAAGGCACCAGAUGCACUUGUAUACCCACCAGGUUCUCAUUUCCCAGUUUGUUUGCAUACCCUGACCAAAUACAUGGGUAGAUGGAAAAUUAUGCUCUUUGCGGGACAGUAUGAGCUCACACACGAGAAAUUGCCUGUUGCCGCCAAGCAGUUGAACGAUCUUGCACAGAUCCUUCCUUCAGGUGUAACUAGACUCAUUACGAUUGUCGCCAGCAGCAUGGCAGCUGUACCUUCCAUCGUUACGAAGGCUGGAUUCAUGUAUUAUGAUCAAGAUCGAUCGGCGCAUAUGGCUUACAGCAUUUCUCCAAAGACUGGUGCAGUGGUGGUGGUCCGACCUGAUGGUAUGCUAGGGCACGCGACGACUCUGAAAGAUACUUUUACUGUCGCCACGUACCUGACUAGUUUUAUGAAGGUUCUGCGUGGUUGA